CUCUCCCUCUCAUUCACACACAUUUAUUCAGUCUUACUAGUAUUGUGCUUCUUAAGGACUUUGUUUUUUCUUUGCCCCUGUCUCUGCAGUAUGUAUGUAUCAAAUAAAAGAAACAUCCACCUGGGUUAUUUUCCAUGCCUCACCCCCUUUACUAACACUUUGAAUGACAGAAGCUUUUGGCUCCGCCUUCGCUACAGUCGCAGAGGGCUUAUAAACCAGGCUCAGGUUGAGCACAGCUUCACCCACACAGCGGACACUAUUUCUCACUGAGGCUACGCACAGGACCGAGUCAUGGAAAAAGAUGGAAGACCCAACUGGGACAGCCCCAUGCAGUUUGUGCUGGCGUGUGUAUCAUAUGCAGUCGGACUGGGAAACGUGUGGCGGUUUCCAUACCUCUGUCAGUUACACGGUGGAGGGGGGUUCCUAAUCCCGUAUCUCAUCAUGUUGCUUUUGGAGGGGUUGCCCUUAUUCUACAUGGAGCUCGCAAUUGGUCAGAAGAUGCGUUUAGGUAGCAUCAGGGCAUGGACUUCGAUAAGCCCGUAUUUGGGAGGAUUGGGGCUUGCUAGCCUUGUGACAUCCAUGUAUCUCUGUCUCUAUUACAACGUCAUCAUUGCAUGGAGUUUCUGGUACCUCUUUCAUUCAUUUCAAUCAGUCCUGCCCUGGUCAGUAUGCCCCAUAAAUUCAAACCGAACGGGACCUACAGAGGAGUGUGAUGUGGCUACACCCACCCAAUAUUUCUUCUACAGGGAAACACUGAACAUCUCUCCUUCUAUUGAAGAGAAUGGAGGCAUUCAUACAGGACAGGCACUGUGUCUCGUGCUUGCCUGGGCAAUAACCUACCUGUUCAUUGUGCGAGGAGUAAAGUCAACAGGAAAGGUGGUGUACUUCACAGCUACAUUUCCUUAUCUGGUCCUGUUUAUCUACUUGAUUCGGGGUGUGACUCUUCAUGGUGCCAUCAAUGGCCUCAAAUACAUGUUCACACCCAAGAUGGCUGAACUUGCCAAUCCUAGAGCGUGGAUCAAUGCGGCCACUCAGAUCUUUUUCUCCCUCGGUUUGGGUUUUGGCUCACUAAUAGCCUUUGCUAGCUACAACCAGUACAACAACAACUUUCAGAACCAGGCCAUCGUUGUCUCACUUAUCAACAGUGGAACCUCUAUCUUUGCCAGCAUCGUCACCUUCGCCAUCUAUGGCUUCAAGGCUACUCUCAACUACGAGAACUGCCUGGACAGAAUGCGCAUUCUGCUGCUAAAUACCUUUGAUCUAGCAGAAGACGCCAUCAGCAUGGACAGCGUUCUCGAGUGGACUGAGAAGCUGAACACAACAUAUCCAGAGCAGUUUGCCCAAAUUGCUGACAAAGUAAGAGAGGGAGAGUGCAACCUGGAAAAGGAACUAGACACAGCAGUAGAGGGGACAGGCCUGGCCUUCAUAGUGUACAGUGAGGCCAUUAAGAACAUGCCUUUGCCCCAGCUGUGGUCUGUACUGUACUUCUUCAUGCUCCUGCUGUUAGGAAUGGGCAGCAUGUUGGGAAACGUUACAGCCAUCAUCACCCCGUUACGUGAUUUCAAGAUUAUGUCCCGCAUGAGCAACGAGUUGUUCAGUGGUUUGGUGUGUGUGUUUUGCCUGCUGCUGGGCCUGGGCUUCACCACCACCUCAGGGAAUUACUGGUUUACCAUAUUCAACGACUACGCAGCCUCUUUCUCUUUGCUGUUCAUCGUCCUCAUUGAGGUCGUAGCUGUUAGUUACAUCUAUGGAAUUAAGAGGUUUGAAAAAGACAUAGAAGACAUGCUUGGUCAUCGUCCCAACUGGUACUUGAAAAUCAUGUGGGCAGUAACCAGUCCCUUGCUCCUUAUUGGCCUCUUUAUAUUUUUCAUCAUUAACUACAUCCAAGGAGGGGCACCCACUUACCAAGCAUGGAAUAAAGAGCUGGGUGCAUCAGUAGUGACGGAGUACCCCGUCUUUGGUCAGGUCUUCAUCGCGCUGCUGCUGGUGUCGUCAAUCAGCUGUGUUCCCCUCACAGCUCUGUAUGCCUUCUGCAGGAAGAGGAAAGAUCGAGCCUAUGAAAAUCGUCCAUCUGUUGUGAGUACGGUAUCACUGUAGGGACCAAACCUGUCCCGCUUCCUGGACCUCUCCAUAUCUGCACUUCAGCUGAGCAGCAGGAGUACAGUAGUUCUUACCUAAUACACAGUGUGUGGUGUUCGAUUUGAGUUUCACCUUAGCGACGGCCCUUUUGGACUGUUUGUCUGCAAAAACGACGUUGUCCCAGUGUUGCCGUAGUAACAGCUUAGGCGCCAUCAAACUCAGGCGUUCUUUGUUCAGAAUACUCUCCAUAUUUCCUUUGAAUCUGUUGUUUCUCUCAGUAUUAAAGUCAGACGUCUGUCAGUA